UUGAACCCUGAUGCGUUUAUCCUGCCCGUUUCGUCUGUUACACCUCCUUCUCACAGGUGCCGGAGAGGGAACCCCAAGCAGAACCAAUAGUUGAAGAAGAUGUCUAUGGUUCUGAAUUAUGCUGUUUCUUCUACUUCACCUUCUUGUGCCAGAAGGAAAUGGAAAGCUGGCGUGCUUGGGAAACAGUUAACUACUCGAACAUCACCGUUCUCAGCGUAUGCUAAGCCUUAUGGAAAGUUUCGGGUCGAUGCGUUUUUCUUCAAUCCCAUCCAGGAACCCAUUCUCAAAGAAGCUCUCAAGGAACCUGUUGCCUUCGCGGGAGGGAUAUUUGCUGGGCUUCUAAGACUUGAUUUGAAUGAAGAUCCUCUGAAGGAAUGGGUUGCUAGAACAGUUGAGGCCUCAGGAGUUACAGCUGAAGAAAUUGAGGCCAGUGAUGACCAAGCAGAGGACACCCCACAACAGAUAGAAAUUGAAUGACUUUUCUAAUCUGUGUUGCCAAUGCUCUUGUAAAAAUACAAUAAUUGUCGUAUAACAUAUAAUGUGUACUCUUAUAGAAAUCGAAAAAAAUACAUGAAACACGAACAUACAUUUCUAUUGUUCUGCUGUUACUUCUCGCAAACACUGAAUUCUGGAGCUAAAAAGGUGGAUGUCUCUUUCA